AUGCGUCGAGCCGCAGUUCAAGCAAUUCACUUAGGUCGCCUCGCCGCCUCUGCCGCUCCUGCCGGAUCCGCACCAUCCGGCGCGAUUCCUGCUUGCCUGUCCGCGUCAGCCGCGAGCAGAUCACCAUGGAUCGCGCCGUCCGCGAUGGCGAAUCAAAGUGUGUCAGCUGGCACCGCUGCUGCUGCAAGAUUAUUCAGCGCAGAGAGCAGCGUAGAUAGCGGCUCGGCGGGUCAGCAGCUGAUCGCGUCGCUAUUGGUCGAGCGGCUGCCUGUCGUCAUCCCGAAGCCUCCCGAAUGGGCUCUUAAAUACGAGUCGUUUAGUUUCGAGCGGAAGCAGCAAUAUCGCAAGCAGUAUCCUAAAGAAUUUAUGGACGCGGCCGCUUCGACCAAUGCAGGCGCGGAGGGCGAGGGCGAGGAGGAAGACGAGUAUUGGGCGGGAGUCCUCGACUCGCCGUUCGACGCGCCUUCCAGACGAACCGCUGCUGACGAGGCUAAUGACGUCAGGUCUCUGCAGCGCGCGUUGGACAAGCGCCUGUACCUGCUGCUCAAGGGGCCCUCGCUUGCCGGCCAAUCAGGCAGCGACACGUGGCACUUUCCGGAGAAGCUUUAUGAAGGCGAAGACUCCAUGCGCCAGUGUGCGGAGAGGGCAGCAGCAGCAUCCCUCGGCUCCUCCCUCGAUCUCUACUUUGUCGGCAAUGCUCCCUGCGCGCAUGCUCCCAUGGUAAUACCCAUUGUGGUCUUUGCGUUCCAUCGCAACAUGAGAGGUGCAUUUAUGCAUGCUCCUCCCUUUGGCUCCCAUGUCAUGGGCCUGUCUCACCUCACCUCCCUCACACCGCCCCCCAUCCCCACACACGUUCCCCUUUCUCCCGUUGGCAAUCUUUGUUCCGACCAGGCUGUUACCACGGCGUUCUAUUUCCGAGCGCAUGUCGUAGGAGGAGAGUUCCAACCAGCGCAUGAUACAACCAUUUCCCUCCACCUCCCCAUCUCCCUCUUCGUUCCAACCAGCGCAUGA